AUGGCGUUCCGUCGGGACGUGCCGGCGCUGGACGAGAUGGUGCUCAAGUUCAUCUCCAAGUCUCCGCGCCAACUAAACGUGAUCAUCAACGACCAGACGCUAGCACGUGCGCAUCGCAUCGGAAAGCCAGCCAAGUCGCGCACGCACAAGAUCAAGCAGGAGGUCAUCCGCGCGCUGCUCAUUGGCGGGCGACUGAGUGACGACACGCUGCCUGCGAGUUUCUUCCACCCGAGCAUGACGCGCGUGGAGAUCAUUGGCACCAAGAUAUCGAACGUCUUUGUGGAGAUGUUGUCGGGAAUAUGUCCAAAGCUGCACGCGGUGAACUUCUCGGGGUGUUUUCGACUGACCGACGAGGCGAUUGAGACGUUACUGAAGAAUUGUCCGGAAAUCAAGGACUUGAAUAUUGAAAACUGUCGCAAAUUAACGGACGCCACGUUGGAUCAUUUGUGUAAAUUUGCUCUGAAACUGCAGAGUUUUGACAUUGGCGGCAACUUUAACAUGACCAUUUCAGGCAUUACGAAGCUUAUUGAGAAACAUCCUAACCAUUCGAAACUUACGAAGGUUCACGUUUCCGGCCACCCGGUGACGGACCAAACGAUUAAGAUCAUCAUGGCCAAGUGCCGGAAGCUACACAGCUUGAGUGUCGGCUAUUGCGCUAUCACGGACGACGCUCUGAUCACGCUACUGAAGAAGCGCGAAUCGGUAUCGCGCUUGAGCUUGCACUGGAACGUUGCGAUCACCGACCAGUUACUGUACUACCUUGGAUCAGAAGCCCGAAACUUGCAAGAGCUCAACCUGUGUGGCGUUAAAAGCGUUUCGGCUGACUCCAUUGUUGCCGCCAUCCACGCGAAAAUGGGUGCAAGAAACGAGUUGCUCGAGCCGACAGUGUCGCAGUCUACUCCUGACGAGAAUCCUGGACCUGAGCGGAAGCGGCUGAAGAGGAUUGACUUUCGAUACACAGCUGUCACGAAAGAAGUUGCUGCAGCUGUUAAGGAGCGGUACCCUGAGCUUCAAGUCACGUUUUAG